CGGCCCGAAGUGAGGGACCACUGGCUGCCGGAGGGCUGCUUCGAGGGGUCAGGAGCCGGCCGGGGAGGAACCUGCGCCCGGUGAGGAGUCGUUCGCUGAGCCGCCCCCCCCCACACACGCCCCGGGUCUGCCCCGGACUCCGCGCCAGGAGGCGGCGGCCAGACCGAGCCCCAGCCCAGCGAGCCGGGUGGCUCCCGACGGCGAGCAGCCCCGCAAAGGGCCAGAGAAGGAGAAGGACGUGGAGGAAGGACGGCCAGCCCUGCAAUGGCGCUCGACUUCCUGGCUGGAUGCGCGGGGGGUGUGGCCGGCGUGCUGGUGGGACACCCCUUUGACACGGUCAAGGUGCGGCUUCAGGUCCAGAGCCUGGAGAAGCCACAGUACCGAGGGACCAUCCACUGCUUCCGGUCCAUCAUCAAGCAGGAGAGCGUGCUGGGCCUGUACAAGGGCAUGGGCUCCCCGCUCAUGGGGCUCACCUUCAUCAACGCGCUGGUGUUCGGCGUGCAGGGCAACACCCUGCGGGCCCUGGGCUGCGACUCGCCGCUGAACCAGUUCCUGGCGGGCGCGGCGGCGGGGACCAUCCAGUGCGUCAUCUGCUGCCCCAUGGAGCUGGCCAAGACGCGGCUGCAGCUGCAGGACGCGGGCCCGGCCCGCACCUACCGGGGCUCCCUGGACUGCCUGGCGCAGAUCUACCAGCAGGAGGGCCUGCGCGGCGUCAACCGCGGCAUGGUGUCCACGCUGCUGCGCGAGACGCCCAGCUUCGGCGUCUACUUCCUCACCUACGACGUGGUGACGCGCGCCCUGGGCUGCGAGCCGGGCGACCGCCUGCUGGUGCCCAAGCUGCUGCUGGCGGGCGGCACGUCUGGCAUCAUGUCCUGGCUCUCCACCUACCCCAUGGACGUGGUCAAGUCGCGGCUGCAGGCCGACGGGCUGCGGGGCGCCGCGCGCUACGAGGGCAUCCUCGACUGCGUGCGCCAGAGCUACCAGGCCGAGGGCUGGCGCGUCUUCACGCGUGGGCUGACCUCAACGCUGCUGCGCGCCUUCCCCGUCAACGCCGCCACCUUCGCCACCGUCACUGUGGUGCUCACCUACGCGCGGGGCGAGGAGGCGGAGCCCGAGGGCGAGGCUGUGCCUGCUGCCUCCGCCGGGCCUGCGCUGGCCCAGCCCUCCAGCCUGUGACGCCGGACCCCCACGACGUGGGGAGUGACCCCCGGGGGCCCCUUGGCAGUGCCCAACACAGACAUAAACUGGGCCCUCUCCCGCCCACCACCACCCUGCCCAGCGGCCCGGGCCCUCGGCUGGGCCACCUCAGCUGCGACCUCGAUGGGUUCAUUGUUCUCAGCUGCGCAGUGGGGGCCUCACAUUGUUCUCAGCUGUGCAGGCCGGUCCUCACACCGCCCUGUGCAAUCGGGAAGCUCAGAGCUGAAGCCUGCGUAGCUCCUGCACUUCCGCUCCAGGAGCCGGCGGCCUCGCCAGCCCCCCAGCCCUGGGCUGCCACCUGCCCACCACCACCACCACCACCACCACCACCACCACCACCACCACCACCGGCUCUCCGAGACCCACGGAGGGGAGGACCAGCGACUCACCCUGCACACCGCCCCCCCCCCACUCCAGCAGAGCUCCAGGGCACUCCGUGGCCACCUGCCUAGUCUCUGCGAUGGGGACAGAGCCCUCCGCCACAGCACCCCAGCUUCUCGGUACAGCAGUGCUGGGACUACUCACCCCUGUCCCUGCCACUCGCAUGGAGGGUGACCUGGGGUCCCAGCAAGAAGCCAUGGGUUGCUGGAGGCUCCGUGUCCUCCUGGGGGUAGGGGUUGGGAGAAGGAAAGGCCAACGAGAGGAGAUCUCAACAUCGUAAUACAGCCUCGGCCAAGGAAGUCUUCCCCUCUGAGCCUCAGGCCGCCCAUCUGUAAAAUGGGGGCACGGUCAGCUGGUUCUUGGACCUCUAGCCCCCUACCCCCGGCCAGGGCUUCCCCCCAAGGUGUGCAGAGAGGUCCGCGGGGCAAUAGGACGCCCCCUCCCCAGCCAGUAAUGUCUUUCCCAGGAGAGCUCCCCAGUGCCAGGGGUCCUAUGAGGCGGCGAAGGGUCUGUCAGCGGGCCCAGACUCGGCCAGUCUGGGCAGAGAGGGCUCCUCUGCCCCAGCGUGGGGCUCGGGGUCUGGGCACUGUGACAGGCCCUCCCCAGGAGGCCGCUGGGGCCGGGGAAGACAGCACUCCCACCCUGGACACGGGGCGUCGUUGUACAGAACCCUCGAGGGAAUAAAUAGUCUGUUUUCUAA